AUGAAUAUAUUAUCGAGGAUCCAUACAUAUCUACCAGAAGACAUACAAGGAUUGACAGGAUCUCUCCUAGCGGGGGCCUUCCAUCCAGACUCAUUCUACGACUGUAUGGGUCAUUCAGAUGCUGGCGAAGAAGCCCAUUGGCCUCCGUUUUUGCGAGAACUUGUAUUGACAUAUAAACAAAUGGCAGAACCGGACACUAAACUAAAAGCAUUUAUCUAUGGUGUAUUCACACAUCAAAUAGCAGACAUAAGUUGGCAUUCACUACAUAAAUCUCAGGGACUGCUCCAGUAUUUGGCACAUAUCGAAUUCAAUGGAAACAUGAGCCAAGCGCACUCAUUUCUAGAUACUGGAGCAGACUUUCUCGUGCUAUCGCACCAAUUCGAGAACCUUGAACCCAAUCAAACAAUUAGUCUAGUUGAAUAUUAUUCCACUCCUUGGGAAAUUCCCACAAAGACGCUUGUUGAAACAUACAGGAAGUUGGGGUUCAUGGUGUCUGAGAGUGAGAUUCAGUUUUGCAUGACGAGAGGUUACGCUGCAUUACAGGGUGAAUUGGGGACAUUUAGAUCUCUCACUCCAGCGGUACGAUAUAGAUCUCCCCUCCUCAAUGAAAUCCUGGAUGACUACUAUUUUGGAGGCAUGAAUGAUAUUGUUUAUACCAUUACCCGCUGCAUGAAGGGCCUCACUGGACUUUUUGAAGGCGCAAGGAUAAACGAUCCCUGGCAGAUUUGUUCAAUUUUUCAACCAAAUCCUAAUGACCGUUCCGCCUCGAAUGAUUAUGGAGCCAUGUCAAGUAAUAAGAAAAUAGUAAGACACGAAAUGGAUGGCGCUGUGCGUCUUUGGAGCGACCGCGCGAACUCCAAAUUUGGCUCCAGUUUGUUGUUUCAUAGGACAGCUUCCGGGUGUCCUCAGCUGCUUAUUGGAGCAGAGUACGAUGAAGGACAAGGUUCCGUCUACGUCUUGCCGUUGAAACAACUGUUUGGAGGGCAGAUGCAUGCUGCAAGCACAAUGCUAUACAAAGAAACCGAGAAACUUACAUUUGCUCCAAGGUUCGGACAUGGAAUGGCGCUGUGGAAUACAUCACAGCACUCGUUUCUAGUAAUUUCGGAACCAGGAUUAUCACAUUUAAAUGUUUUUCUUGAGUCGCGACUUGUGGCUGUAAUUCAUGAUGACAAGGCCAAAACACGGUUAGGCAGCGGAGGUCCCAAACAAAUGGGACUGACUCUCUCGGUGAAUGAUGUGAAUGAGGAUGGAAUCAAUGAUCUUAUAGUGGGGUCCUGUCACUACGACACUCUGGAUGCAAUACAAAGGGGAAUUGUAAAAAUCCUGAGUGGAGCUCACUUGGCGAAAUUAAUUGAGGAGUACAUGGAGUCUGCUCUGGGAUCACGUGGUUUUCCACUACAUAUAAACGACGAUCAAAUGGAGAUCAACCGUCUGACUGUUCCUCACCAAUUGCAGCGAGCUUCUGGUUACGAUGUAUUUGCGACCUCAAUUGCAUUCUCACAAGAUAAGAUGUUUAUUGGCUCUGCAGGAAGCGGAUCACUUGCUACAUUCAAUAAAUCAGGAGAGUUUCUGUAUGGGACGAGCCCCGACUUUCGUGAUGAAGUUAUCCAAAGCGCAUCAUCUCAAUUUAGUGGACUAUAUGGAUAUCACAAAAUCAUCACUGGGAGUUGGAACAAAAUAGCAUGGAUUAUGGUUUUUGCAAGCUCCGAAACCAUUGAGGAUUGUCUGCUGUGUGGAGCAGCAUACCUAUACCUUGAUCGUCAAAGACUAGAACUGGUAGCAAAGAUCAGACCCGGAAAAGGGCAUCAACUGUUUUUUGGCGUCAAUGCCCUAGCACAAGGAAAUGAGGUAUACGUUGCUGCGGAAGGCUAUCUAGACGGAGCUGGUGCUAUCUGGAGACUAAAUGUGCAAGAAAUCUUGGACGCUUACGCGAAUAUGAAGUUCAAGCAGGACAUUCUACUAGGUGAGGAAAAAACUGAAUUUGGUGGCAUCAUAGUUCGCGGUGGCUAUGGCGAGGGCUAUUCGGGGUUUGGAAGAUCAUUGGAGGUCUUUGAGUUUCAGCAAGAGCUAUACAUUGCAGUGGGAAAGCCGUUUUACGGUUAUGGAUCACCAAAAGGGUUGACUGGAGCAGUCGACGUUUAUAAAUUGGACAACUAA